GUCGUCUUUUCACCAAGUGAUUUGCUAUAAAUUUCACAAGUAAAGAUACUUGUGUUGGAGGAUCUUUAGUCAUAAAAUAAUAACGAGGAUGUCUGACUUGGGACAAUUUGACUCAGAUUUUUAUCAGUCUAAUUAUACUAUUGAUAACCAGGAACAGAGUUAUGAUUCUAAUGCCUAUGGAAAUACUUAUGGAUCCAGAAGACAGCACUCCAGUGAACAGCCAUAUCCUACCUCGUUUGUUCCCUCAGAGAUGCUCAUGACAUCGGGUUACACAGGACAAAUUUUCCAGCCAGGAUCCAACCCAGACUAUUAUUCACAAUCUUCUUACAUGGACAAUUUUGAUGAAGAACCUCCUUUGCUAGAAGAACUUGGAAUUAAUUUUGAUCACAUAUGGCAAAAAACCUUGACAGUGUUAAACCCAUUGAAGCCAGCAGAUGGCAGCAUUAUGAAUGAAACUGACCUCACGGGUCCCAUCCUGUUUUGCAUUGCUCUAGGAGCCACCCUGCUUCUGGCAGGAAAAGUCCAGUUUGGCUACGUGUAUGGUAUGAGUGCCAUUGGCUGCCUAGGGAUUCAUGCCUUGCUAAACUUGAUGAGCUCUUCAGGGGUGUCCUACGGCUGCGUGGCUAGUGUACUGGGCUACUGCCUGCUCCCCAUGGUCAUUCUGUCCAGCUGCGCCAUCUUCUUUUCGUUGCAGGGCACCUUUGGAACUGUGUCUGCCAUGGUCAUUAUUGGCUGGUGUAGUCUCUCAGCUUCCAAAAUCUUCACCUCAGCCUUGGACAUGGAGGGACAACAACUUCUCGUUGCCUACCCUUGUGCCUUACUUUAUGGACUUUUUGCCCUCCUAACAGUUUUCUGAGGAAUAUUUGAAACAGUGUCACAAGCUUUUACUUGUGUGUUAUUCAGACUAUCCUGGGGAUGUUUUGGUAUCCAAAUUUGGUAAUAUGAUCUCUAUUUUAUCAUGUGGAGAGAAAAAUAAUCAGAGAGACAAAUGAAACUUAAAGAUUGGUACUCUAAUGGCCUCUUUGGUUUGAAUUAUGUUUUUGCUUUUAUGGUUUGGUGCAUUAAAACAUUUUAAAAUGCUUUAAUGUAAAAGGGAUAAUAGUUGUUGUACUGAUAAACAGUGGAUAAUUUCUGAGAAAUCUGAAAUAAAUAGUAUCACAAACUUAUUGUCUAAGGAGCUCUAUAGCGAACCUUUUGAGAAAAGCUCAAAUUUGGGCAAGACAUUAACUCACGAUACUUUCAAACUCUUACUUCUCUUUUAUUUAGUUUAGAUUCCAAGAUCUGUUAAUAUAAUGUUUCUCUUGCCCAAUCCUCAGCAGCUUUACCAUUUACUCCCUAAAUAAAUGAGAGUGACUAAAGGAAACUCUAUUUUUUUUCCACUUUAUUUCACUAUAUCUUAAAUGGUUUCUUAGUAAGUUUCCACUUACACCCACCUCUUUUGAAGUAAGAUGUGUCCAAAAUAUUGUGCAGGGUCAAUCCAGUGUCAGAGAUUGAACUCUGGACCUAAUACAUACAUAUCAGAUAUGUAUACCAGCUUUUUUGAGCUAUCACAUCACACAAGAAACUGCCUUUUAAAUCUUGUUACAUUGUAUUACUGAUUUUGCUUUUACACUUUUGAGAUAAUAAAGACAUAUCAUAUCUUCA